AUGUACCGUCAGUCCUUCGCUCCGCCGCCAGCACAGUCACCUCCGCUUCAUCAUCCCGUCCCUCAGCAUGUUUCCACCGUCCCAAUGAUGCGCUCUCCACCCCCUCCGACAUCUCAGCAGUCUCAGACGUCUGGCUAUGGCAAUAACCCGUAUCAACCCGCUCCGGCGCAAGGCGGCAGUGGGACAUACGCCCCUGGAUUCGGAGGUUUCAUCAACGAUCCCACUGCGCAAAUGGGAUUCCAGGUCGGGAAGACCGCCAUGAUGGCCGGUCAAGAAUAUAUGGAACAGAAUCUCAACCGCUACGUUUCCAUUCCCGCCCUGAAGCACUAUUUCAAUGUGUCCAACUCUUAUGUCUUGAAUAAACUGGCCCUGGUACUCUUUCCUUGGAGGCACAAACCUUGGUCUCGUCAGCAAAGCCGUGUCACGGCGGCACCCGCAGGCCCCAACGGUCAGAUCUCCCAUCAACAAUACUCGACCAUGUUCCUUCCCCCUCGCGAUGACCUGAACUCGCCCGACAUGUAUAUCCCGGUGAUGGCUCUCGUCACAUAUAUCCUCCUAUCAGCAAUGCUGGCAGGGUUCAGAGGCAACUUCCACCCCGAGCUACUUGGGUCGAUCACGACCACAGCUAUUGCAGUCAUCCUAUUCGAGAUCCUUUGUCUAAAGCUGGCCACGUAUAUUCUCAGCAUCAACAAUGAGUCGCAACUACUAGACCUCAUGGCUUACUCGGGCUAUAAAUUUGUGGGCAUCAUCAUCACAUUGGUGACAUCGGAAGUUCUGACUCCGGGAAGAGGCACUGGCGGCUGGGUCGGCUGGGUUGUAUUUAUUUACACAUUCCUGGCUAAUGCGUUCUUCUUGCUUCGUUCCUUGAAAUACGUCCUCCUUCCAGACUCGGCCAGUGAUGCACGCACGGGAUCGAUGCACACCGUCGCCCGGUCGCAACGCAACCGUCGCACCCAAUUCCUGUUCAUCUAUUCUUAUGUUAUCCAGUUUGUCUUCAUGUGGGUGUUGAGUCGGGAGGGCCCAACUGCUUCGAACGUAGCAGGAGCGGCGUCGUAA